AUGAAUGUGGCACAAGCUUCUUGUUCUAAUGGGUUGGUGGAUGAACAAUGCCAAUAUGUCAAUAAGAACUACAACUUUAGGCCCUACAACAAUUUUCCUGCACACUACCAUCCUACCCUUCGCAAUCAUGAAAUUUUUUCCUAUGCCAACAAUAGAAACAUUCUCCAACCACCUCAAGAGCCACCUAGACAAAUGGGGGAGAAGCCUUCACCAUCACUUGAAAAAUUACUAAAGACUUACAUAGUGGACUCCAAGGCAAGGCUAGAUCAACAUGACACUCAUCUAACCAAUAUUGAAACACAUUGUACUAAUAUGGGAGCAAUGAUGAAGAAAUUGGAAACACAAGUGGGUCAAUUGGCCAAUACUAUGAAGAAUCAAAUAUCUAGAUAUUUUCCUAGUGAUACUGAGAAGAAUCCAAAAGAGCGCAAUGCAAUCACUUUGAGGAGUGAAAAAGAAUUGGAUGCUAUUACAGUUGAGAAGAAAAAGGUUGAUGAGAUCCCAAUGAAUGGUGAGAAAGAAGAAGACAAGAAAAAGGAGGAGAUUCCGAAGAAAGAGUCAUUGGUGGCUAAUCUGGGUUCAAUUAUUGUUCCGGACAACCAACCCAAGAUCAUUACUCCAUUACCAUUUCCUCAAAGAUUUCACAAGAAGGCGAUUGUUGAACAAUUUGCAAUGUUCUUGAAUAUUUUCAAGAAAAUACAUACUAAGAUUCCUUUUGUAGAUGCCCUUGAACAAAUGCCAAACUACGCUGAGUUUAUGAAGGAGGUAAUGUCGAAGAUGCGUAAGUUAAAGGAUUAUGAAAUAAUGAAGCUAGCAGAAGAGUGUACUGUCAUUAUCGAGAGACAAUUAUUAGAAAUGUUGAAAGACCCGUGUAGUUUUACAAUUCCAUGUGUUAUUGGAGAGCUACAUAUUGGGAAGGCCUUGUGUGAUUUGGGUACUAGCAUCAAUCUAAUGCCUCUCUCAAUCUUUCAGAAACUCAAUCUUGGAGGGGUCAAACCAACUACUAUUUCCCUACAAUUGGCGGAUCGUUCUUUGACGUAUCAUAGAGGUAUCAUUGAAGAUGUUCUAGAAGACCAAGAAAUUCCUAUAAUCUUGGCAAGACCUUUUCUAGCAACUGGGAAAGCUUUGAUUGAUGUUCAUGAUGGUAACUUGACUCUAAGGGUGAAUGGUAAAGAAGUAAAGUUCAACAUUAGUGAUGCUAUGAAGUUUCCCAAGGAGCAAGCAGAUUGUAAGAGAGUGGAUGUAGUUACUCCAUGCUUAAGAGACUUUUUCAAGACUAUCUUUCAUAAUGAUCCUUUGGAACUAUGUUUGACAAUGCCAAUUUCUAAAGAUGACCUUGGAGUAGAUUUGGGCAUGAAUGAUGUGGAGGUGGUUGAUAGUGGCUUUGCUUUAGAAGCAUUACCGACAGAAAAGGAGGUGUCUAAGAAGGAAGAUAUCAAUAAGGCUCCUACUCUCUAUAAUAGCUCGAAGAAAAAGAAUAGUACUAGUGAUGGGCUUGUUUUGAAGCAAUUACCCGCUCAUCUUCGGUAUGCAUUUUUUGGAGAUAGAUCUACCAAACCUAUAAUAAUUUCAGCAUCAUUUAUUGAGGAAGAUGAAAGAAAGUUGUUAGAAACUUUAAAGAGGUAUUCAUCCACUUUUUCUUGGUCAAUUUCAUAUAUUAAAGGCAUUAGUCCAGGAAUUUGUAUGCACAAGAUUCUUAUGGAGGACUCUGAUAAGCCUUCCAUUGAUCAUCAAUGA